GAAAUGUCAUAAAAACCAAUAUUGAAAGCAAAACGCAACCACACACACACACCUUGUUCGUCCGAUUGAAAUCUCAUCGGAAUUGAAACAUACUCGUCGCCGGAAUGGCCACCGCCGUGUCAAACGUUUCUCACCGCAACUCGUUAAGCCAAAUGCUGGCUGAUAUCGUCAAGUUCGCCGUUGGCUCCCUCAAAAUCAUCCCUGGUAGAAAGCAGGUAGAUAAGAUGGUGCCUGAAGGAUUGAUAAAUAUACCAAUGCCAACAACACCAUUGAAGACCAAGAAACACCUUGAUAAAAAGGUUGCAAAUGAACUUGAUUUUGAAACAAAAAUGGAGAAAGUGACAGAAGACAUGAACAAUGUAAAGCAGCAGUACAAAACAUCAACCAAACUUGUUGAAGAGUCACAACAGCCUCCAAACAAAAUGGACGGCGAUGUCUUUAAGGGAAUUAAUCUUCUGCAGAAAAAUGGGAGGAGAGUGUUUAUUCGGUCUCGUCUAUAGAAUGAACUUACUUAAUUGCAAUAGACGAAGAGUGUUAGCGAUACACUCUUUCUACUACAUUGAGAAUGAAUCUCACAUAAAAUAGUACGAUUGGUAUAAAUUUUACUCAAUAAAAGAGGGAGGGUUGUGUGAAUAUUGCUAGCAAAGAUAAUGUAAUAUAUUAUGUAUUUUGUUUUUCCUUUUUUCCUCUUGUAAUUUGUCCCUAUAGUAUUGGUGAUAUAUAAUAUAUUUCAUUUGCAAACACUUCCUAUUAGUUCC